AUGCCUUGGGCUGACAAUGAGAACGUUACGGCGAUUUUGUCAGCUCAUUAUCCGGGAGAGGAAAUCGGGAAUGCGAUUGUCGAUGUUCUUUGGGGGAAGCAAGAGCCUUCUGGUCGACUGCCCUACACCAUUCCUAAAAUUGAGUCGGAUUAUGGUCCACCGAUCGUGAAUCUGACCGGUGUGACUACAGACCCGAGUACGAAUUUCACCGAGGGCCAACUCAUUGAUUACAGGCACUUUGAUGCUGCUGAAAUUGAGCCCCUUUUCGAAUUUGGAUUCGGCUUGUCUUAUACUGAGUUCGAGCUGAGCCAUGAUCUGGAUGUCAACAUCAAGCCUCACCUCCCAGCGUCUCCAGACCGAACAAUGGGUAAGAUUCCUGGAGGUUGGAAAGAUCUGUGGACCGAGGUAGCAACGGUCUCCGUGGAAGUUGGGAAUGUGGGCGAAUUAUGGGGCUCCGUGGUACCACAGCUCUAUCUUUCGUUUCCCCAAGAUGAGACACCGUCUGGUACGCCUUUGAGAGUCUUGAGAGGGUUUGGCAAGGCGGUCUUGGAGCCCGGGGCCACUAAGAAGAUGACAUUCGCCCUGACUAGGAGGGAUGUGAGCUUUUGGGAUAUCUCACAGCAGGAUUGGGUCCUUCCAGACGGUACCUUCACAUUCUCGGUUGGCUUCAGCUCGAGAGAUUUCAGGGUCGAGCGAAUGUCCCGUGUCAGAACUCAGUAA